UACUUUUCGGACUUCCUCAAUGGAAGAUGGUGCAGAAAAGCUGAAAGACGCAGUGUUUUAUUUUUUUGCGUUAAAAAGGAUAUUUUGAUGGCUUUUACCGUGAAAUUCUUAAUCCCAAAUAAAUCCUCUUGAUGUGUAGUAUGUAAAAGAGUUUGAAGUUUCUUAAGAAAACGCAUAUUGACGACUUUUUUGAAGAGGGAGUGAAAGGACAGAAAAAUAAGUGCAAAGAGAAAGUAAACCAAAUCUUUUGUGUGGCUCAAGAAAGAGACAAAGAAAGCCCUUAAUUCUUAGCAUUAAGUGCAUCCCGGGAUCUUGUGCAGUUCUGCAGCUCAUUGCAAAGAUCGUGGGGGUUUUAUAGUUUGUAAGGAUUUUGUAUGAGAAGGUUUACAGUGUGGAAGAAAAAUCUUUGCUGUGUGUUUACCAACUGAGGACAUAACCUGAGUGACUCAACAAUUUCUCCUAUCCGGAAGUGUGUGUUUGUGCGGGAGCUGAAGAUGAGUGACAAUUGGAUUGGGAAGUCAAUAUCGAUCACCUGCACGGAUCCUGGGGGUGUUUUUCAGGGUGUCAUCAAGGAUGUCAGCCCCGAAGCCAUCACCAUUACUCGUGCCUUCCGGAAUGGGGUUCCUGUACCCAAGCCCGACACAGAGAUCACCAUUGCAUCGGUGAACAUUGCAAAUUUGGAACUAAUUCCAGCCACGCAGAGUAGCAACAUCACAACGACAGCCAUUAGCAAACCAACACCGAUAAAGCAUCCCAACUUCCCGGAAUUUGGUACACCGAUGCGCAAUCCCAUUCCGGGACCAUCUCGUGCUCCCGGGAAAGCUUCCCCCAGCACUACUGGCGGUGCCAGUAAUCUCAUGAAUAACGGGAAGUUCUAUCCCACGAAGCAGCAGCAAUUUGAGAAUAAUUUUGGAGUGCGCAAUGCAUCAAAACCACUAGAUAUUGCCGGUGGUGGUUCAAUGAUGAAGAAUGGAAAUGGCAAUGGCAAUGGGAGCUUCAAGAAUGACCGAAAAAAGUCCAGGAGGCAGUAUAAUAGCAAAAAUGAAACUUUCGGCACACCCGUGGACGAUCCCAUGAUGGAUGAAGAUUUUGACUUUGAGAAGAAUCUUGCACUGUUUGAUAAGCAAGCGAUUUGGGAUGAAAUUGAUGCUACACAGAAACCAGAUCUACUUCGACAGACAGUACCCAUGCAGAGACGCAAAUACCGGCAUGAUGAGAAUGUCAUUACGUCGGAGCCGGCACAGCUGAGGCAAAUUGAGGUGGACUACAACAGUUCACGGGACUACGUGACGAGUGAGGGGCUCAUUGUGCCGUCCAUUCCGCUGAUUGUGCGCAAUCGCAUCCAGACGGCAGCUGAGGCGCUGGGACUAACGUGGGAGCGGCAGAGCGAUAUCCUUGCGCGUGGAACGACGGAAAUUGCGCUGCAACUGCUCGGUGGUGGACGACGUUUGGUUCCCAAUAAUUCUCAUCAAUGGCCAACAAUUGUGGUGAUCUGUGAGGAGCCCUACAACGAUAAGAAAUCUGAAAUUGGUAUCUGCACAGGACGCCAGUUGGCGACGCAGGGUCUAAAAGUUGUGGCAUAUGUGCGUGAAAUUACGCACCUGAGUCGCCCAAGUCGUGAGCUAGAUCUCUUCAAUGCCACUGGCAGUAUGUACACGAAUAAUGUGAAAGAACUACCAACAGGUGUGGACCUCAUUGUCCUAUCUGUACGUUCGGCCAUCCUAACUCCAGUUCUUCUCAAGUGGAUCAAUGAGAGUCGUGCUUCGGUGCUAGCAAUUGAUCCACCUGUCCAUGGGAUCAAUCAGGUGCAGAUUAAAUGCUCAAUUUUGCCAAUAUUGCCACUGGACGACAUCAAUAGGCAUGCGUGCGGAAAGCUAUACCUCUGCAAUCUGGGUAUUCCCGAUAAGUUCUUCCGUGAGGCCGGAAUCAAGUACAAAAGCCCUUUUGGCCAUAAAUUCGUUAUUCCAAUUCACUUGGUUGACUAAAAACACUGCUCAUCUUGUUUUUUUUUUUAGUUUUGCGCCUUUUUCUUUUCUUUUUUUUUUGGCUCACGAGACUGAUUGGCAGCGAUGAUGCUAACCUGAGCAUUUGCUGCGCGGGUGUCUGUUUUUUUUGUCAAAGAAAAUAAUUUGGAAAAAAAGCUGGACCAAUUGCAUUUCAAUAUUACAUCAAUUUUUAUUAAUUCUGUUUUUGUAGAAAUAUCUUUUUGGCUCCGGUAAAUUUAUUUUUGUACAUACCUUUAAUUUCAAAAAUUUGUAUCAAAGCAGCUUUUAUUAAAUCAAAAUUUCACAAUAAAGUUUAUCAAUUGGCCCACA